CAUCUUUCGAAAUGCCAGCAGAGACCUCCUGCAGACACGUUAAUCGGUCUGCAGUGAGUAGUGAGACGGGCCACGCCUUUCUGCGAGUUGCUCGACAUGCCUUUUUGCGAUUGGAAGUUGCUCGACAUGCCCUUCUGCGAAGUUGCUCGAGACACCUUCACUAAGAGGUGCAAAGUCAAAGGAUGGCUGGAAGGUGGCACUGUAAAGCAAGGUCACUAUGAUGGCGGCAAUCUUCAAAAAUGCCAGCAGGGACCUCCUGCAGACCGUUGACUGGUCUGCUGUGAGCAACGAGACGGGCCACGCCUCUCAGCGUCUUCCUCAAGGAACCUUCACACAAAGGUGUAAGUGGCGCAACAAGCAGGCGACGUCGGUGCUGGCUGGGCUAUCACCAGGACACAGCUGCGCUCACCGUUUGGUCUUACUCUAUUCACCUAUCAUAAAGGAUAACGGCUCUCUACCAGAGGAUAUAAAGCAGGCCAUGGAAGACUAAGGGCACACCUAUAUAUCGCCUACUUCCUACCCCUAUUCCUGGUC